CGUUGGUCUAUUUGCGCAACUUUAUCCACUUUUUGCUUAUUAAAAUGAUUUUGGUUAUUCUUUGCCACGCCAAAAAUGGCGGAAAUUUAUUUGCAACUUUUACGAAUAAUUAAACAAUCUUACUCUACAAUAUUACAUGCUUGCAAAAGUGCUGCUUGAAUUUAGAAUACUAGUGUAAGGAGAAAUCAUCUACUUCAGCCACCAUGGAGUCUUACUUGAUGAUGUUAUACGUGACACUAGAGCAGGAGUCUGCCCUGAAAAACUUCUUUGUGGACCAAGGAUGGAUGUUUUGUAAACCAGAUUUGUCAGUAACAACAGACAAACUGGGACCAGCUGUUCAAAAUCCACCAGUUGUCAGUGAAGAAAUAAGUCUUCCUGAGACAGAUAUUCCUCCUCAGAUGAAACAGACAAUUCCGGAAAUCAAAAUAAACAUUCCACCAUCUAAACCAGCCACAGGGACAAGUACAGUGCGGAGAGGAAAAAGAAAGACAAAGUCACCAAAACAAACUGCAAUACGCAUUAAACAGGCCAAAGUGGCUAGUGCUUCAGUGCCAGAGCCAAGUGAAUCAAAUGAAAACUUAGUAACAGAAGCAGUAGAAAGUAAUAAAAGUGAAACUCUGGAUACAAGUAAAAUUAAAGUGCCAAUCACAGUACAGGUAGAGGAUGGAAAUCAGUUUACAAUUAAAAUUGAACAAGAAAGUGAGGAUGUGGGUAAUGACAAAGGAGAGGUUGAUAACAGUGAUGUGGUUGGUAAUGAUGAUUUUGAUGAUGGUGAUGAUGAUAAUGAUGAAGAAACUAAUGUGGAUUAUAGUUUUGAAGGGGCUUCUACAAGUGAAGGAGAUACUAGUGUAAAGAUGGAAAGUCAGUCGCUUGGAAAUAAUUCCACAAAUGUAAACACUGCUGCCAAAGGUGGUUCUUCAGGCAAAGGCAAAAAACGGAGACAGUAUAAGAUGACAAACCUACGAGAAGCCUAUAAUAUGGUGAAAGAGCUUGGAGUUUCUGUAAACAAGGCUGCCAAGAUUUUUGAUGUACCACGUUCUACACUUAGAGACAGGGUUGAGAACAGAGUUUCUAUCGAUGUCACUAAAAAUGGAACAAGUCCACUCCUCAGCGCAGAUGAAGAAGCGAAGUUCACUGUUCACUUGAUGCAAUUAGCUGAGAUCGGUUAUGUAUAUACACAGGUUGAGAUCAGUAGACAGGCUUCUGAUUAUGCUGUUGUGUUAGGUAAACGUGAGGCAGAUAAUCCAUUUAGUACAAAAUGGUAUAAGCUAUACCGUAAGCGACAACAUGAAUGUGAUCGCUUUAUAACUAGCCGGUCAAAUCAGAAGCUCACUUGUGUGGAAGAAGAAUGCAUUGUCAAAUAUUAUGAGAGACUCGACAAGGUUAUUCAUGAGUAUAAUCUAGAAAACAAACCUGAUAAUAUUUAUCUGCUGGAUGAAAUUGAUAUUGAAAUGGAUGAAACUGUUGAGGAGUGCAAAACAGUGACUGUUAUUGGGGCGGGAAGUGCUACUGGACAGGUAAUUCCACCAUAUUUCAUCAUCGUUACAGGUCUACAAGAUGAAGAUAGUAUCUUUAUGAGAAAAUCUCAGCUGAUCACAAAAGGUUUUAAGAACUACCUUAGCAGCCAUUUCAUGAAGAAUGUUAAAAGGGGGGAUGAAACUGAACCAAUCGUUUUGUUAUAUGAUGGCCAUAAAAGCCAUUUGUCAUUAGACCUCAUAGAAUGGGCAAAAGACAAUCAUAUUGUGUUAUUGGUUGUCCCACCUCAUGAAUGUUGUAUUGUGAAAACAAGAAAUGAAGGUGUUUUUGAACCACUAAAGUCGCAGUACAACAAGGAGUAUAAUAAACUGUUAAAGCGAAACAAACAAGUUGAAGCAAGUGUUGAUGUUAUUUCUGUAGCUAAACAUGUAUAUGAUGAUGUAGUCAAUGCAACAGCUCUGCAGUCAUGGUUUGAAACAACUGGGAUAUAUCCAUUACAAGAUGGAGAAAGCAUGUGUGGUUUAUUGACAAGUCAAGACAAAUUAAGCUUAAAGUAGUAGUUAAAAUGACCUUCAGUUGGCUGUUAAUGAGAAAGGAGCAGUUUAAUACUGAAAAUGAUGUGUGCAAAACACAACUUGAAAAGAGUGACCAUUAAAGAGACUGACUUCCAGUUUUAUGGCUAAAAGGAGUAUCCAUUAAAGAGCCCCUGCCAGAUUAAUGACAGAAGUUUAUUUUUCAACAUUUUGAAAACAUUGAACAGUUUGUAGAGUAUAAAAGUCCUGAAUUCCUGAAUUAAAUAAUUCAAGUGCAGCUGAAACCUUGUCUUUCAUCUCUAUUUCAUCUGGUGAAUAAUAGGAUUUAGCUGUUAUAUACGUUUUACAUUUUCUCUGAAUACUGCCUUUAAUCACUCCUAUUAUAGGUUUUACUUCUCAUUUUUGAUUACUCGUCAUACAAAAUGUGUUUCUUAGUUGCAAAUACGUUGACAUAUCUUGAGGUGAGUUUCUGAAGUUUAGGCCUAUGCUAUUUUGAAAUUAUGAAUUAGGUGGGUGGGGUACAUGAUAUAAUUUCUGAGGAAUUUCGAAGUUACUGUAAAACAAACGUUAUUCCAAUGUGACAAUACAUCAAAACCAUGAAGUGCUGAACUCUUACUUUAAUUAAAAAAGUAAAGUGGGAAAAGUUAUCAGUAUGCUCGUGUCACAAUUUUCGGGGUACGUAUUCUAUGUCAUGGUCAGGGCUUCGGAAAUUUGUCGGUUUUGGACCGAUUUUUUACUUUUCAACUUUUCAAACCGAUUCAUGAAGUGAAAAAAACGAAAAAAAAUCAGUCCCGUAAAAAUGGAGAAAAGUAUAAAUUUUCGUCUGAUAUCUCAAUACACCAUCUACUGCCAAGCAGGAAAUUGUUGGUUGCACCCUCAGAUAAUCAAUAAACGUGUCAAACGGUCUGAUUGUCACUUUGAUAAUCGGUCCGUAAUUAGCACGUGACACAAUCAGUGCUCGCGCAGCACAUCCUUUAAUGUUUGCAGACAGCCGACUGCAAUGUAUUAAACAUUUUUGACUGGUUUCCAAAUAUGUCUGACUGGAUCCAAAUCAUUUCGACGGGGAUCCACUUCUUUUAUUUAGAAUCCAACGGAUGGUUUAUUUCAAAAGGUUAAUUGUACAUUAUAGGUCUUUGAUUUAAUGAUACAUCACACGGAAAACCGAUCAAAAUAUAUUUUUUGUAGUUACUUGAUUUGAAAAAAUUUCAAGAUUCAUUUGUUGGGGCUCAAGUUGACCCAAGUGCAGAAAAUCGUCUUUGCAACCUGACUGUGCAAAAAGAAAAAGAAAAAAAAAUGGACUGGCAAACACGAAUGAUAAAGCAAACCGGAGUGGCGCUGUUUAUCAAAUCGGUCUUUUAAAAAACGUUUCAAAAUGAAAUUUUGUUUACAUCAGAAGAGAACAUAUAACUUUAUAAAAUGUAGUUGCUUAUUGAAGUACAACAUAAGUGAAAUGAAAUAUCCGUGGCCAACACGCGUGACCUUUUGGUACUAUAUAUGCAGGACAUUCGAUCUCAGCGUUCAUUUAACGUACACAUUCGGUCCGCGGCAGAGUAUUCUUAAAAUACUGAGGCUGUUUUAGCAGAGAAUAUGUGUCGUGUAAUUCACUUUGAUGCAUUGUAUUUUAUAGAAUUCCGUCAAAGAAUGAGGAAACAUCACAAAGUAUCUGCCGUGUAUACGUUACCGGUCAAGUGCGUUGGCUUUAAGACUAGUUACGCACACGGUGUCAAUGCCUCGGUAAUUUUAUCCUUACAAGUAUUUUCUCGGAAAAAAAACGAAAUUUAAAUAAGUAACGAUCACACAUAACACUGAAUAACUGUCUUCAUUAUAUGGAAACACGCGGUGACCGGUAACUCAGUUUUAAUGCAUGACAUGCUUAUUUCUUUACUCUAUCACGUUUUACAAAAUAUGUAAUAUUGGGAAUGCGGUGGGUGGGGUAGCGCCGAUGUCAGGAUUUUCGUUUCGGACUGAUUGAGUUAUCAAAAUUUCCGGAGCCCUGUCAUUCUGCAUAACUGCGAAAAACUAUAACAUACAUAAUAAAGCUAAACUACCCGUGUAAAUGAGCUGAGAGCUAUUUUUCUGUUUCUGUUUAUUACUUUUCUAAAAAACACAUUACAAUUUACCAGGUGUUGGCAAAAUUUGUCAUUUUUGUGCACAUACUUUUAAACAUGAAAGAAGUCCGAACUAUAGGUAUGGUGUGUGAGAAGGACCUGAGCGCUUACGUAGUGCUCAUUUACAGGGAGUCUACUGCUCAGAUAAAUAUAUAUAUAACUUUAUCAUAAGUCCGCAAAGUGCAACAAAAGAAAUAGCAGUAUUAAUUUUGUAAUAAUAUUAUUUAUUUACAAGGUAUGUCUGACAAAUGACCGAGAAUUCUAACUGACUUUUUAGAAAGCUGCAUUUUCAAGUACCUGAAAUUUUCCACUUUGGUUAAAAAAAAGAUUUUUUUUUUACAAUAGAUAAUGACUGACUAUAGAAGGUAAUAAAAAUACCCUUGACCUAGAGAAUGCUACAACCUACUAAACUUCAAAGUUUAAGUUUAAAAUUUAAAUUAUAUUGAACACGAUUGGUUUAAUUUAAGGUGAAAAAAUAAACUAGAACACUAUGAUAAAAAUCGAAUAGAUCAUUUUGGACAUGUUAGACAGUGAGAAAGCAAACGCAUCGUAUGUAUUAUUUAGCAUGGAUGAUUUGCACUGUGAAUAUAUACUUUUUACACUUAACAUUUAAUUCCACGAGUACACACACAUAUACAUAUAUAUUUACCUUUACCUUUUAUACAUUAGGAAUAUGUUUGUUUUACACCUGAAGUGAGUUUUUGAUCCCACUUCGGUGAUGGGCGAGGAAUUCGAAGCCAGCAACCAUGACCAUCAAGUUUUUCUUUUGCAAGUAUAAAACAUAAAUAUUCAAUUAAAUUUCGUGAACAUAACUGAUACUCUCAAUGACAUUUACCAUGUCGGAAAUGACAAAUUGUUUGCCGAAUACACCAUACUUUUGAUUACAAAAGUUUACACACCAUGUGGGUCGGAAAGCUUGAAAUUUACGUUCUUGAAAGUAUAUGUUAAUCGUCAUGUUUGAAAUGUAAACAAAGGCAUAAAAGUAAAUGUUUUCAUGUUCGUGGUAAGGAUCGACUUGUGAUUGUCAAUGUUCCCGAUACAGAAUACAUAUGAAUGUAUAAACACGAGCCGUUUCAUCUUACAGGACUUACAGGAACAUAGUAAGCGGUUGUUUAAUUAUUGUAUUUAUGUUCUAGUAACCUUUGACACUGAUUUCGAGGACAGGCCAUGUUUGUGACAUAUACAUGUCUGUUGUUGGGCUUGAAAAAGAUAGGUCCAAAAUUUAAACUAAAAGCUAUAUUGUAUAAAUCUUUCGUUAUUUCUGUGCAAACAAUCCGGUUGUUUAAAGGUUAGGAUAUCAGAAAAUUACAGGAAAUAAAACAUAUCUUUGAAAAAAUCGCGAUCUUUCAUCAUUUGUUUGGUUGGCGCAUGAUUACAAAUUCAAUGUUAGUGGGCCGUGAUGUCCAUGAAGCCGUGUAAAGUGAUAAUUUUGAUGACACGUUGGUUUUAUUUUGUAAUUGUGGGUGAUUGUUGAAAGUGGUCAGAAAGAUCGGACAGUGGGAUGUUAUGAAAAAGUGAUGCUUUAUUUAGAUUAGAAAGUCAAUCGUACUCUACAGUAUAGAAAUCUAAGGUAAAAUACUCCUUUUAUUUCGUUCACUGAAGAAAACAUAUUUUUGUAAAAAAGCGGUGCACGUGUGAUUCGUGUAACACAGUUUAACAACAUUUUCUUAGAAAACUAACGCUCAGCUCAUUUACACUGAGAUAUCCUUGAUUGAAGAAUAUAUAUAUUGUAUAUAGACGAGAGACUUAUGGUACUAAAUAUUUACCCCGAAAAUUUCUAUGCAUUUUCUUCUAGUGCACUGUUGGGACAUGUUUUUGAGUGUCAUUGAUACUUUGUAAUUUAUUCGGAGCUACAUUUUUGUAUUAUUAUUAGUUUCUUUUUGAUCCCAGUGCAUUUCUCGCGUUGUUACAACAAUCUCAGUUUUACAUAGGAAUUUUGUUUCGUCAAAAUAGCAUAGGCCUUAAUUUCCUUGUGAUCUUUACAUCAUGGCUGUUAGAAGUCUUGAAGAAAAGAUAAAAAUCUUUGGAGGAACAAGUUGUUUUAUAAUUUGUUCCCAUCCAGAAGGUGUUUGGUAUUUGUUGCAAAGGAAACCUUUAGUGUAUGUUACACAUAAGAUGUUCAGACAUCGUGAAAUUCGUCUGUCCGACGGACAAGACCGGAAGAUUUUGACGCGGAGCGCUGUUUUCCGAGUCAAGGCCAGUCCGACAGUUCGGCAUUUAGCCACAUGGGUUAGUCUAAAUAAUGAGACCUUGGGUAGACCGAUUUACAUUUUGAUAUUUUAUCUUGUCUACCUAGAGGCAGAUAUCGACAAGUCAAAAAAAUAUAAUGAUCUUCAGCUCUGGAGUACAAAUACUUGGACUACCACAGGGGUGUAAAAUUCCAUUUGCCCUCUUGCAUUGGCGAGUUAAAGUCUGGAUAAGAAGAGUGGACCUCGCUGUAUACUCAACUGAUCGAGCGAGUGGUUUUUACGUCGUAACUUUACCAAAUUCAGAAAUUACAUCCCAAAAAAUUACCUGGAUUGACUGAAAUUUACCCGAGAAUCGUAAAGAUAUCAAAACGUCAUGCUGGUAAUUUUCCAUUCCAUGAGCACAUUCGACCUAUCAUAAUGUCUAAAUUACAUCACCGUUACUUUUGUUUAUCGACACGUACACAAAAAAUGCGUGUAGUGCAUUCAUUUUUAAUAAAUUAACAUCACACCGCUUGAGAAGUAGUACAGUUUGAAUUCUGUAACGAUUUUAAUAAGAUAUCGACAGAAAUUUAGGCAAAAUUCUAUAAAAACGAUUGAAUUUUCAUAUAAUUAUUUGUAAAAUUUCAAACAGCGCGAUCUUAAUUAUUUAUUUAUUUCUAAAAGUAAAUAAAGGAUACAUCCCCUAUGGUCAUAAAUUUCAGACUUUUGACCAGAAAGUGCAAAUAACAGAAUUGAAAAAUCUUAAAUAAUAAAAGAGCGACAGAAAUUUAAAUACAUGGAGUAAAACGAUUUUUGGCAAACAGAUUUCUGUUAGUGCGGCAGAAUAGGUUAAGUGACCUCAUGAACGUAAGUAGAAAUGUGGUUUUAAAAUAAAGCAAUAUGAUGUUGUUGUGGUUUUUAAUAAGUUUUAAAUGAAUCUUUGUACAUGUUUUUUUUGACACUACACUAUGUAAUAUAUUCAUAUAUUCUUCUCAAACAAUAAUGUAAAUUCCUGGAGGGCAAAUAGGUCACAGAGGUACGAAUCCACUAUCACUUGACACAUUUACCAGUCAGUUUAUACGGGAUAUUGCACAUUCGCUUGUAAGAAAUUGAAGAAGAAACUUUUUUUUAAAGAACUGAGGCGGUACGAUCAGACAGUGAUGUGUCACAUGGCGCGAAAACAUGAUGUAAUGCCAUGACAAUCUCGGGCAACUAUACCGCUUUUCAGAUCUCCACUUCAGAUGCCAUGAUAUACUGACACACUUCUUUUAGCUCCUUGAGGGGGUGUUAAUUGAUGAUGAAAACAUGGCCAAUUACUUAGUUUAUCAACUGAAUAAUUACCGAUAAUUGUUAAUGUUUUUAUGCCCCCGGCAUCUACUGAUGCGGGAGGCAUAUAGUGACCGUCCUGUCCGUCCGUCCGUACGAGGUUAACCAAAUGGGACCGUUUCGUCUAGCAUCAAUACCCCUUACUAGAAUGACUUGAUACUAAUGCAGAUGUAACCUGUGAACAUUCCUCAUCUUCAGACAUCACCUGACUUCAGUUUGACCUUGACCUUGACCUCGUUUUGGACUUAGGUUGCAUUAUAUGGGCCACCUCUUGGUUAACCAAAUGGGACCGUUUCAUCUAGCAUUAAUACCGCUUUCAAGAAUCAAUUGAUACUAGUACAGAUGAAACCUGUGACCAUUCCUCAUCUUCAAACAUCACCUGAUCUCAGUUUGACCUUAACCUCAUAUUGGACUUAGGUUGCUUUGUAUCGACAAGGAUGCCACCGGGGGCAUCAAGCGUUUAUUGAACGCAGCUCCUUGUUUUUGUUUUUUUUUUUCUCACUUUAAACACGGGUGGGGUGAUGAUGAUUAUUGUGUCCAUAUUUUUGGGACAGUUUUCAAAAUAAUUAUUUUCGGGAUUUUUGAAUCCAAAGCUUUGUAGAACAGAUAGGAUACAAGAAAAAUAUAUCAAGAGCUGCAUACUGACAAAAGGAAGCAAGAUUCCUUUUCGUUUCAUAUUUAGUGUUCGGUCCGGCAAAAUUUUGUUUGGUCCAGCAUACUUUCAGGCACUGCCGGACCGAAUGUCUGGCCAUGUUGGCAACUUUCGCGAUGUCUGGAUGUUUGUAGAAAUAAGGUUGUUUGGGAAACUGAAAAUGCUCACAAAACCAAUACAGGUCUUGUGUUUGUUUUGGAUCAACUUGUUUUGAAUUUGUUUUAAUUUCUUACACAUGAAAGUUGAAAAUAUAAAAUCAGUUUAACUUUGUUGUUCAUAA